UCGGACCCGUCUCCAGGUUACCGGCUGAUGGCGGCGGCUGGGCCUGGGCUUGGGCCUGGACCUGGGGCUGGGGCUGGGCCUGAAGCCCCGCUCCUCAACUGCGGCCACUACUCCCGCUCCUGCCGGCUCAAGGCACUGUGCUGUGGGAAAUUUUACACUUGCCGGCUGUGUCACGAUGAUGCAGAAAAUCAUCAGCUGGAUCGCUUCAAGGUCUCACAGGUUCAGUGUGCAAAGUGCAAAACAGUCCAGCAGGUGAAAAAGAGCUGUGAACGCUGUGAAACUGUGUUUGGAGAAUACUAUUGUGACACAUGCCAUCUCUUUGAUGUGGACAAGAAGCAGUACCAUUGCCUACCAUGUGGAAUUUGUAGGAUUGGGCCAGAAGAUAAUUUUUUCCACUGUGUGAAAUGUAACUUGUGUCUAGCUAUUCAUCUCCGUGGGAACCACAAGUGUGUUGAAAACGUCUCCCGACAGAACUGUCCAGUGUGCAUGGAGGACAUUCAUACUUCUCGUAUUGGGGCUCAUGUCCUGACCUGCGGUCAUCUUCUUCACAAGACAUGCUAUGAAACGCUGUUUAGCAAAGGAGCCUACCGGUGUCCGUUGUGUAUGCGGUCGGCUGUUGACAUGACAAAAUACUGGGAGGAACUAGAUACAGAAAUAGCCCAGACUACUAUGCCAUCAGACUAUCAGAAUAUGAUUGUUAAGAUCAUGUGUAAUGACUGCCAGCUCCAUAGCACCACACCGUUCCAUGUGCUGGGUCUGAAGUGCAGCGGAUGUGGGUCUUACAACACUGCCCAAGAUGGAGGGCUGAUCACACCAUAGGGACAGCAGUGAUGCACAGCCUGCCACCCUGUAGGAUUCUCAAUUAAACCUCUUGAAAAUGGAUUUGAAAUACCUGGUUCGCAAACUUCCUUUUGACAGUUUUCCAACUAGCAAGCUGAAAACAUCCAUAAUUGUCAAUCAUAUGAUGUAACCCAAUAGUUUUGGGGGCCAAUAACCCACUUAAAUCCUUGGAUUUGUUUGUUGCGUUUUACCUCAGUUACUAUGUACAUGCCAGGUAAAGUUGAAAUGGUUUUCUAGCUUGUGGUAGGGCAGUGAAUCUGGCCAUUGUCUUAUAUCUAGAAUAACUGAUCUUUCAAUUCACCUUAGUGCACUGAGAGAAGCUAGGUUACUUCUUGAUGUGGCUGCACAGCUAUAUGCCCUGCAAUCAUGGUUAUUGGAAAACAGUGUGUAUCUGGUAGCUCAAAACCUUAAAUGGAAUUUCUUGAUUUCACUAUUCAGUAACACACUGAAUUCUUUCAUCAAUAGCUCCAGCUAAGAGCCAAUGUAAUACCUGUAAUACAUUCUUUGAAUCCACGCUCUGAGCGAGUUCUGUAUUUAGAACUGUCUUCAGGUUUUAUCUGAUCCUAUAAGUCAUUCUUGCCUGUCGAUUGUUGCUUAAAAAAAAACAAUGUUGAGGAUUGUGUGUUUGUUCAAGGUGUAUAAUGUCCAACAGCUCACUGCAACAAACAUGAAUGCUGUAUCAGUACACAUCGUACAUUCUUAAGUAUCAUUCAAGCCCUAUAAAGGUAUAAAAUAAUGGUAGUUUGUGGACAGUGUUUGCAUUGGCAUUUGUGUCUGCACCUUUGCUUGACACUUUAACUGAUUUCUACAGACUUCAACAUCAUUGUUCCAGGAACAAAUUUAUGACUUUUAGUAUUUCGUUAUGUAAUAUCUUAAUUUUUUGGUAUCUUUUUGUCCUUUAAUUCUAAAUGGGUCUUUCUGUCCUGUGACACCCCCAGUGGGCAAUGAGUUUGCAUUGAGCACAACCCAAGAAAAUCAUAGGUUACCCACCUGCAAUGUUUUCCCUGUUUAGUAUGUGUCAACUGUGACUGAAUAGGUAGCACUUUCAUCUCUAAAUCACAAGGCUGUGUGUUCGAUCCCAACUCCAGAGACUUGAUUACGUAGUCUAGGCUGGCAGUACUGAGGGAGUGCUGCACUGUUGGAGGUGCUGUCUUUCAAAUGAGAUCUUGAACUGAGCUGUCUGAUGUUGACAUGAAAGAUCUCAUGGCACUAUUUCAAAGAAGAGCAGGGGAGUUCUCCCCAUCAAAGUUUCUGUGAAGCCAGAAACAGCAGAAAGACUCCCCACAUCUCUAAAAUUGCCACCCAUCACUUUCCACUUUCACCCCCUUCUGGGAUCUAUCUUAGAACCACUGCUGGUGAAGCAAUCACCUCAAUAUUCAAUUCUAUAAAAUAGCUGGUUGUUGUCCAAAGAAAAUUAAUGAGGCCCAUUUGCAGUCUGGACAUUGGCACAAUAUUUAUCCAUUAACCAACAUCACUAAAUCAAAUUAUCUGAUCGUUUUUGUAUUUCUGAUUGUGGGAGAUUGCUGUGCGCAGAUUUCUGUCACUUUUCCUGCUUUUCAACAGUUACUACACUUUGCAAGUACUUCAUUGUAAAAGGUACGUCAUUCAGUUCGAGACGGUAAAGCACUUCGGCUUGCCCUGAAAUCAUGAACAGCAACUAUAAAAUUGCAAUUCUCUAUUUUUUGCUACACCUGUGGGUGCUUAGGUACCACAUGUUGCAAAUGUUUAUAUCCUGGGAACAUAGUCGUCAUUCUUAGGCUCAAUUUGGGUUUAAAAAAUGUACGACACUCCAGUUGCUGAUUAGGUGCUGUUUAUUCACUCAUGAUAACAGUGAAAUUUGAUAUGAUUGCACAAGGUGCUCAAACUGUGACUUAACCGAUUUCCAAUGUAGACUGAUCAUAAUCUCUCUGAAUUUUAUUCAGUGCAACUGUACAUAAAACUCAGGGCAACAAAUUGAUUUCCCCUGACUUUUUCUACCUGUAAUUGUCUUUUCAUGACCUCUAGCAUUUGUAUCUUUACUUCAGCAAGCUAGUAUCAAUAGCUAAUGUGCAGAGCCCUGAAAAGGAAGACCCUGGAGAAGAAUUCAAACUGAUUGAAAUAUAUGAAUGAGGAAGUCUUGCUCCAAUUGUACCGGGCUUUGGUGAAACCACAUCUGGAAUGCUGUGCGCAGCUUUGAUCUCCAUAUCUGAGGAAAGAUGUACUUGCCUUGGAGAUGGGAUAGCAAAGGUUCACUAGAUUGGUCCCUGAGAUGAGAGGAUUGCCUUAUAAUGAGAGGCUGAGUAAGUUGGGUCUUUACUCUCUCUGUAAAGAAUGAGAGGUGAUCUCCUUGAAACGUUCAAGAUUCUGCAGGCACUUGACAGCGUAGAUACUGAGAGGCUGUUUCCCCUGGCUGGGGAAUCUAGAACAUGGAGGCACAGUCUCAGGAUAAGGGUUCAAUCAUUUAGGACUGUGAUGAGAAAUUUCUUCAUUCAGAGAGUUGUGAAUCUUUGAAAUUAUCCACUCCAGAGGUAUGUGGAUGUUCCAUUGUUGAAUAUAUUUAAGGCUGGGAUAGACAAAUUUUUGGUGUCUCAGGAAAUUGAGGAAUAUGGGGAGUAGAUGAGUAACGAGUUGAGGCAAAAGAUCAGCUAUAAUCACACUGAAUGGCAGGGUAGGCUCAAAGUGCUGCAUGGUCAACUCCGAAUUUCUUAUGUUCUUAUCAGUGAUGAUGACCAUGAAACUUUUGGAUUGUUGUAAAAACCCAUCUGGUUCACUGAUGUCUUUUAGGGAAGGAAACCUGCUGUGCUCACCUUGUCUGGCCCACGUGAUUCCAGACCCCACAGCACCACGGUUGACUCUUAAAUGCCCUCUGAAAUGGCCUAGCAAGCCAUUCAGAUAUACCAAACCAUGAUAACAAAGUAGAAUAAGCUCCACGUGAACAGCAGCAGUUCAGUAAGAGGGUUUGCCACCAAACAUCUUGGACAGUUCAUGAUGGGCAAUAAAUGCUGGCCUUGUCAGUGACUCCCACAUCCCACAAAUGAAUAAAACAUUAUUUCCCAUUGAGCAUUUGAUUUUAUUGAACGUUUUUGUUUCCAGUAUUUAGUUUUGAUAUUUUGGAUUUGUCUUCUAUAUAAUACUGAGAAGUUGGUUCUGAACUGUUAUCAGCUCUGCUAUAAUACCAGAAUUACCAGGAGCUGGCAUUAUACUAACUGAACAGAAUUGAACGAUUUGAUUGGGAACUGAAUUGAACUUUUGUUGCUCGAGUGAAUUUGGGUAUUUUGUGAGCUGUUUGUCUAUAAAUGAUAACUUUUCUAUUAAUCUGAGUAAGGCGGCAUGUUUGACUGAACAGCUUAUGUUAGUCAAACUUUAAAGACAGGAUAGAUUUUAUUUUGCAACAUAUUUAAAGUGUGGUAGGUUGUAUUCAUUUACACUGAAAUUGUUUCUUUGCAAUUUAGAAAAAUCAUUUCAAUGUUUAAUAAUCUAUGUAUUCUAAUUAAAAACCUGAUUUCUAAGUUA